AUGGCGAUAAAGACGGUGUUCAAACACACCUCUCCUGUACCCAUCACGGUCCCAGGCAGCCGCACGCAUGUGGAUUUUAAACCUCUCAGCUUGGAUUUGUGGAAAACUCCUGAUUUUCGACAUGACGACGUUGCAUCUGAUGUGCAAGAGGACAGGUUGUUGUCAAUUACUCUGGAAAGAAGGUUUCACAGUGGAUCUCAUCGUCCUCAUGGUCUCAACACCCUCAACCUCGCCACCUCCGCCAUGCCGCUCCUGAUCCUGCUGUUCCUGCUGUUCCUGCUGUUCCUGCUGCCGCUCCUGCUGCUGCUGCUUUCAGAUUCUCUCUCUCUGGUUGUUGCUACAAAUUCUGACGAAGACCUGAAAAAACCCACUUUUACUGAAAAAACACAUGAGUUCAGUUGUUUAGUGAGCAGACCUUGCAUAGUCUGUUUAUAA